AUGGUCAGGGUAGAGGUGCGCACCAUGUACGCACACACUUACAGAGAAGCACAGCCGGUCUUUGUUUUUCCAGUACACUCCGAUCUUCUAAUUCUGGACUCCUCAUGGUUCCCUCACCUAGACUUUCUACUACGGGUGGCAGAUCUUCGGAGCUCCAUCGGGCGAAGUCGAGGCUGGAGGAAGCCCGUGACGCCUCAUUCGCCGUCUCUUCCCCGGGGCUACCGGCUGGGCGGACCGCGGCGGUCUGCAACUUCACCCCCGCGCCGGGGAGGGGUUGGGAGCGGCAGCGCGGCCGAGGCAAGCGGGUCUCCCCCCUACCUCAGCUCGUCGCCCUCGCCUCCUCCUCCUCCCCCAGCCCCGAGGAAAAUAGAUAAGGGGAGUGUUCUCAUUGUUGGGGAUUCUAUUGUUCGCUAUUUAAAGGUGUCAAAGGCUAAAGCUAAGGCUAAAGCUAAUGCAACGGUGGCAUGUUUUCCAGGUGCUCGUGUCCUGGACGUCGCCCGGCGGCUUCCUGCGGUGCUCUGGCACCGUGGGGAUCCUGGCACCGUUGUAGUCCAUGUGGGGACGAACGACACGUCCGCCCGGCGCAGUGAGGUCCUGAAGGAGCACUACCGGAGACUUCUGGACACCGCUCGCCAGCGGACCGACGCCAGGAUCAUCGUCUCCGGACCCCUGCCCACCUACCGCCGCGGGAGCCUGAAGUUCAGCCGCCUCUACGCACUCCACUGCUGGCUGCGGGAGUGGUGCCCUACCAUCGGCGUGGACUUCGUGGACAACUGGGAGAGCUUUCGGGAGCGACCGUCCCUCUUCCACCGCGACGGGCUUCAUCCCAGUCCCCUGGGAUCCACCGUCCUCUCUGGAAACAUUGAGGCGGUGCUACGCCGGGACUGACUGCCUGUAUUCAGUCAUACCGGGCAGGUUAGUGGGCUUAAUAAUAGUCCAUUUAGUGAGAAAUACUGCUCUAAUUAUUUACCCUACCACUUUUCUGAUUACACUACUGGAAAUAAUAUUUCUGUGUCACUUUCUCAGAACAGU